CAACAAAAUGGAUAGAUAACUCUUUGUAGAAAGUUGUAUCGUUUCUGAUGGCCAGUGCAUCUCGACGUCAACAAAAGUAUCGUUCUAGACGAAGACUUGCAGCCCUUAGCUUUUUAUCGAAUAUUUCUCUCGAUGGAACUUAUUCAGCCAUUUCUCUGUCAGAUAAUAUUAAAGAUAGAGAUAACUUAGAAUACGGAAACGACAUCUACGACAAAACCCAAAAACGUCAGAAAGAAAAUAAUGACCAGGAGCUUUCAAAUGACACAGCAGAAGCAGAGGAGCAAGAACAAUUUUCUCCCAAAAAAGAUAAUGAUGGUCUUAAAAGGGGUGUGCCUCAGAGUAACAAUAAAUCGCCAAAGGGCUUUAGAUCUGAACGCCUAACUGCAGAUGGUCAAGGAGUCAAAAGAUGGAGGACCUCCUCAUAUUCCAGUGGUGAUAAACCUGGUAAGCCAAUGAGAAAACUGUUACAGUUACACUCUGAUCCAUUUGAUCGAUUUCCACUUGCCAUUAAAAGACAGAUAUUUGGAGAGGGUCAGGGAUUGGGUGAAAGAAGCCGUCGUUCUAGCUCAGUGUCUGGAGAGUCUGUUGAAUCCAGUACCAGAGAUUUGAGCUAUUUAACAGCAGAUACAAAGCUAUUUUCUAAUGUUAAAGAUAAAAGAGUUUAUCUGUUGUCAAGAGAUCGAAUACCACUAGCAGUUUGUUCUGUAUUGUCUUUUACAUCACAAGUUACACCCAGGCAAGAAGAAGAAAGUCGUGUCAGACAUUUAUCAGGGCAUUCUGGGUCUAGGUCCCAUUCAUCACAGGAAGGUCUUUUGUUUGUGGGGCUCCAGCAUGGGGCUAAGCAAGAGGAAGAAGUUUCUUAUAGUCGCUUCUUGGUGGCAUCAAACAGAAGGAAUGUUAAGAGGACAUUAGCUGAGCACAAGGACCAAAUAUCUAGCAGAUCAUCAGAAAUGCUUAAAACAGCAUCUACUUUGUUAUAUCCAGAGGGUCCACGUGUGCUGCAUGACACCCCUCCCCAACACCUGUGGCACCCCCAUAGUAACCAGUGGCAGUGGCACUGUCACCUGGAGACAGUACAAGAAGACUCUAGUGACGCUUACCACGCCAACAAACUGGAUGACCCAGAGCUCCAGUCUGGAAGUUAUAGGACAGAGUUAACAUUUAAAUCCUACCUGACAUCUAUUAUAGACUAUGUCAAGCCAUCUAUGUUAAAAAAAGAAUUAAAUGAAAAGUUCAAAGAUAGGUUUCCUAAUGUACAGCUAACGCUCUCUAAACUAAGAAGCUUAAAAAGAGAACUAUAUCAAAUUUCCCAUGUCAAGUGUUCUGUAGACUUGUGGACAGUAGCACAGUCUUAUGUAUUUUUUGAAAAAAUAAUUUUAAAGCAACUUAUAACUAAACAAAAUCGUAAACUUUGUGCUGGUGCAUGUUUACUGUUGUCAAGCAAAUUGAAUGAUGUUAAAGGACCAACAUUGACCAAACUUAUUGAGCAAGUGGUUGAUGAUUUUCGUGUAAGCAGAAAAGAGCUGUUACAAUAUGAGAUAGAGUGUCUUGUAGCCAUAGAAUUCUACCUGCAUAUUCCAGACACAGAGAUCUACCCUCAUUACCAGAGGCUGCUGUAUAGGUCUUAACAGGAUGAUUGGUCACUGGGUGGGUUCUUUGCAUGUCUUUCAAGAUGUUUUCAAGAUGUAUACAAGAUUAAGGCUAAAUAAUGGUCCAAUGCUUGAAGUUGUACUAAAGCUGUAUUAAAAAAAUUGUUUCUAGGCUUGCGGUUGUACUAAAGAUAUGCCAAAAACUGUUUGACGAUUGUAUAACGUUUAAGUCAGAAUGAUGUUCAAAGGCUGUGAGUUGUUUGAGAGAUAACUAAAAAGAGGUGGAUUGUUCAAAAGUUUAGCCAAAGUAUAUUCAAAGGCUUGUGGAUUAUUAAGAUAACAUUUUUACAAUGCUUGUUGUUUGUUCAAAAGAUAUCCCCAAAAAAUGUUCAUACUAAUCAUGUUUUUUUUAUUUUAUUUUGUAACAUAAGUGUACAUAUACAUAUCAAAAUGUCAUACAGAAAUACAAAUGAUCUCAUUCAAGUUUUAAAAUGAAAAUGGACCGGUAAAAUGAACUUUGUUGGUUGAAUAUAUAGUAGCUCUACAUUGACAUCCAUUUUUUCACAAUCAAAACAUGACAAUGCUUUUUUUAGUAUUUCAAAUUUCUCAUGAUAAAUUCCAUCUAUUUAAUUCAAUAAUUUAAUCUACUCUUACCAUUUUUUGAAUCACGUUGGGAAAUGAGAAAGACAUUUGCAGUCAGAUUUAAAUACCAGGUAUUAAAUUUUCAGAAUUCAAAUUUGUAAAGCUUCACACACUACUUGCAUUAUUUUUACAUGAGAAUAAAAUAAGGAUGUAGUUCUUUCAUGCUUUGAGAAUGGCUAGUAAAUGUUUGCAAAUAGAAACAUCUUUUUGUAGUUUAUGAACAGUUUAGUAUUUAGUUUCCUGUUGUAUUUUCUCCAUAAAAAAAUCCCCAAUGUUUGGUAGUCACAUGUGCAAUCUUUAUUUUUUUAUUAUUAGUUAACAACCUAUCUGGGUAUUUCUUUCAUUUUUUUAUGUGUUUACUAUUUGUUUCAUUACUUAUGCCAGUGUUUGUGCUGUUUGUUUGAUAACUUUUUGUUUCAUUUACCCAUGUGUUUUUCAUUUGUUUCGGUGUUAUUUGUUUUGUUUAAUUACUUGUCUUUAACAGUUAUUUUUUGCAUUACUAAUAUGUGUUGUAUGGUUAUUUGUUUCAUAACUUAUAUGUGAUAUACAGUUAUUUCAUUACUAGUGAGUGUUGUAUGGUUAUUUAUUUCAUUCCUUAUGUGAAUUAUAUGGUCAUUUGUUUCAUUACUAUUAUUAUAUGGCUGUUUGUUUCAUUAAUUAUGUGAGCGCUUGUGAAUCAAUGUAAAAAGUAUUUUGUUUAAA